AAGAAGGAGCUGUCGGAGGUGGAGAAGGCCAAACUGCACGGCUCCUACCUCACUGUGACGCUCCAACGCCCCACCAAAGACGUCCACGGCACUUCUAUCGUCCCCAAGCUGCAAGCCAUCACGGCCUCCUCCACCAACCUGCAGCAUUCGCCCCGUGUGGUCAUGCGCCAUGCGCCCACCAGAAUGCCCCUGCGGGGAGGGGGGGAGGAGGAGGCCGCUGCCGCGGAGGAUGAGGAGGAAGAAGGGGAGGCCCGGCUCAAUGGCCGAGGGGGCCGGGCGCAGGAGGGCGAGGAGAGCUGGAUGCAGCGCGAGGUGUGGAUGUCCGUCUUCCGCUACCUCACUCGCAGGGAGCUCUGCGAGUGCAUGCGGGUGUGCAAGACCUGGUACAAGUGGUGCUGUGACAAGAGAUUGUGGACAAAGAUAGAUUUGAGCAGGUGCAAGUCCAUCACCCCCCAGGCGCUGAGCGGCAUCAUCAAAAGACAGCCGGUCAGCCUCGACCUCAGCUGGACCAAUAUCUCCAAAAAACAGCUUACGUGGCUUGUCAACAGGCUGCCAGGCCUGAAAGACCUCAUCUUAGCAGGCUGUUCCUGGUCUGCGGUCUGUGCUCUCAGUACCUCCAGCUGCCCCCUUCUCAGGACCCUCGAUCUUCGGUGGGCAGUAGGAAUCAAGGACCCUCAGAUCCGGGACUUGCUCACGCCUCCAACAGAUAAACCCAGUCAGGACAAUCGCAGCAAACUCCGCAACAUGAUUGAUUUCCGGCUCGCCGGCCUGGACAUCACCGACGCCACGCUGCGGCUGAUCAUCCGCCAUAUGCCCCUGCUCUCCCGCCUCGACCUCAGCCACUGCAACCACCUUACGGACCAGUCGGCCAAUCUCCUUACGGCCGUGGGCUCUUCCACACGCAACUCCCUCACCGAGCUCAACAUGGCAGGCUGCAAUAAGCUGACGGACCAGGCCUUGCUGUACCUGCGCCGCAUCUCCAACGUCACUCUAAUUGACCUGCGAGGUUGCAAACAGAUCACCCGCAAAGCCUGUGAGCACUUCAUCUCGGACCUGUCCAUCAACAGCCUCUACUGCCUGUCUGAUGAGAAGCUGAUCCAAAAAAUCAGCUAGAGACCCUCCCUGGGGCAGACUGAGGAGAAGGAAAAGAGCCC